CGAAAAACUCCAGAGGCGCUCGCAAAGAGCGUCACACGCGCUGCGCUCGUCUUCUGGGUGUCGCAUUGCUGCUCUUGAUCCCGCAGCUUACCGUGCUGCGCAACAAACGCUCGGGGCUGCCCUUCCGUCUCAGUUUUUCGGGCUGCCCCGGGAACAAAGCAUGGCUGCGACCGUCCUCGAGAGCCCGGUGCGCGUGCGCGUUUUCAGCCAGGGCGCCACCGUGCUCGUGGGCAUCGUCCUGUUCUUCCACGGCGUCGAGGGGCUCCUUGACUUCAUUGCGCCGAAGGACGCGCCAAGCCGCUUCCUCUUUGGCCUCACGCUCUUCGCCGGCUCGCUAUUUUUAUUAGUGGUGAACCGCGGCUUCGUAGCGGCGAGUGGCAUUGAGGCUGACGACGACGCAGCGGACGCCGUCGCGCCGGCGGGUGUGGUGCACGCGCUCCGCGAGUGCAGUCCAAUUCCUUGCUGCUGUCUCGUCGAUUUCCACGCGGACGUCUGGGCCGUGGCGACGGUCAACGGCGCGUCGCUCUGCUGCGCGUGGGCGGGCCUCGAGCACGUACUGGACAGCGCGCCGCGCCUCUUGAUGGAGAGGCCGCCGCCGGCAUGGGUGGACGCCUUCGUGUGCUUAGUCCUUGGCAAUUUCGUGCUCGUCGCGAGCCGCCAGCUCGGCAAUCAGUUCCGGACGCGUCUCGGGCUUUCCGCGACGCAUGUCCUAGAGAAGACGCGGCGCCACGAACCCCUCGUGUAAUGUUGUCAGUCAAGCUACAGGUACAAGAUUG